CCCGUGAGCGGGGCCGCCCAGACCUGUUAGGAUGCCGGGACUUAUAGAGAGCCAGCCAGGGAGCAAAGGGCGAGUUUGUGGGGGCUGGAGGACCCCCCGAACCCUCUCAGGGUUCCGCCUCUCGUGAUAGGAAGCGUCUGUUAAAUAGUCCCGGCCAUUCAGCGCUUCCGCCUAACUUGUCGCAAAGUUUUUCUAGAGAAGUCGGUCCUUUUUCUAGGCGCUCCUAGGCUGCCAGAGCUAACCUUCAGUCCUUUAGCCUGGGCUUGCUUUACGUCGAGGCUUUUUGAACUCCGCACUCUCCCCACAGUCCAGGAACGGGAGCGGGAGCGCGGCACAGUGUGCCUCCGCGAGCCCGAGGGGCAGCCGAGCCCCGGAGGAAGGGGCGGAUCGGGCGCGGUGUUUGGGACGGAGCGGGGCGCGCGGCGCUCGAAGCACCCACUCGGCGCGUACCGGGGCUGGUGGAGACUGCUUGGGCACCCCUCAGACCGCACCCCUCGAGCUGUAGGUUCGCAGGUCCACGGCACCCCGACUCGACGGCGUCCCCAUUGUGGGUUCAGUCUGUGGUCUUUGGAGGUCUUUUUGUUGUUGUUGCAGAUAUGCUCAAGUCUCUGGCGCGCGCGCCCUCCUCCAGAGUUGGCCAAGGGCGCUCUUCCGUGCAGACCCCAACCACACCCAGUGGCAGAUGGAUUUCUUUGUAACUGGCUUUCUUACUUGUAGGGUCCAUUUUGAGUCUGUUCUUAACAUGAUGUCCUUAUUGUCAAGUAGUAGACAGUCUCUUCCUAGAUGGCUAUGGUAAUUGAAAAUAUAUAGGAUGAAUGUAUGUAAGGUAAAAUGUUAUAGCUCUUAAGUAGACCAAUGAAACAAAUACGGUAGCUUUAACGUUCUGAAUGCAAAAGUCCAGGUUCAGUUUUCUUUUUAGGUUUAAAUUUGGGGGGCGUUUAGUGUUUGUGAACAAUUUUAGCGAAAACAUUCGUUGGGUAUGUUUGGAUAUCAAAACUUAAAAAAACACUAGAAAAGUAAAAUAAGUCAAUGUUUAAAGAAUACAUAAUAGUGUUGAACUCUGAGCGGUUGUCAUGAUGAUGAAACAUACCACCAAACUGUACAUAAGGGUGGGAAUUUCGUUAACUUUGAACGUCUAUGUGUUAGGCCUAGUUUACUGAAAUGGUUGAAUUGUUUUUCAUGCAGGAAGGGAUCUGAUUUGAGUGUACUGUAAAGUUAUUGUACUCAAGUUGAACAGAUAGAAAUCACUUAAAUGGAUUCUGUGAAGUACCCUAACAUUUUUCAGAGUUUAACUGCAAGUCAAUAGAAAUGGGUUCAUUAUCUUUCAGCAAAACUGAAUUUUCCUGAAAUUCAUUAAGACAUUGCAUUGUAUUAACUUUUUUCAGGGUGUUAGCAUUUCAUGAGGACGGUAAGCAUAGUAGACCAUGUUGAUUUUUGUUAAAAUUCUCAUAAAUAAGAUGAAUCCUAGAUCUAGAAAAUUAACAAAAGGGUGGGGAGGGAGAAAAAUGUAGGUAUCUAACACCUGUUCUGCACAUCCAAAUAUUUCCUUGUUGUUGCCACGAAAAGUAAGUACAAGUAUCAAUUCAAAACGUUUUAUGUCUGUUAUUUGGGAAGGAUAAAAGGACAGCAACCACAGUGAAUAUCUACUUUGCACAUUGAUAAUGUAUGAACUUUUAAAUGCUUGCGAUUUUUAUCAUCACACUUCAGAUCUUCUCCUAUCCUGUCUGGUAAUAGUGUAGUCUGUUGUGAUCCCAAAGUUUUUAUAUCUUGAAACAUUCCAGAGGGGAUAUAUUUUAGCAUAACUCUACAGUUUGACUUUAAAAUAUACUUUAAACAUGCUCUUUUAAUAUACUUUUAUUGUUUACUUUCCUGUUUAUUUUUGUUAAGGCAUUGUGUACUGUAGAUCACCUAAUACAGCUUUUUUUUUUUUUUUUAAAGAUAAAAGACUUGGACCUUGCCCAGUUUCCUUCAGUUACUCUACUAAAAGUGUUUUGGCAAAGCACUAUAAGCAAAAGAAAAGAGUUAAAGUUGGAAGUAUUCUUAGUUAUCUUAUAUCAGAUGUGUAGGCUAUGAGUAUUUCGGUUCUAUAUGGGGUAUUGGCUUCACAUGGUGAGCAGUUUUCAUGGAACCAUAGAUAUCAGAAGUGAGUAUUAAGAGGUAGCAUUAUCAUGGUAGGAUAUCUAGGUUGGAAUCAGAUCCAGAUUCUAGUUCUAGCUUUGUGAAUUUAGACAAGACUCAUUUUCCUUAUCAUGUAAUAAAUGAAGAUAUUGAAUUAGAUUGAUUCUAAGCUCCCUUCUAAGCUUUGAGUUUUGUGACUUGUAAAUUGAUGACAUGUUAUCACUGGGUGUCAAUGAUAGGUUAUUUGUCUUAAGUGCAGAGAGAUUUUUUUCUUCUAAAUUUAUACACAUACAUUGACUAUGAAGCAUAACUGAAUCAAAAGUUUAAAAACAUUUUAUUGACAGUUUUUGCAGUCAAAGUUUUAAAAUUUUGGUCUUCAUUUCCAGAUAUCAUCUCUUCUUUUGAUCACUGCUCCUGAUUGUGGCUUUGUCCAAGCAUUAAAUUGUGUGCCUUUUGUUCCUUGAAGAAAGAGGAAGUAGAAUUAGAAAAGAAGUUUGACCAGAAUUGAAUUAAGAGAAAGAGGGAUGACAAGCCUGGUGAAAGGAAACAGUAUGAACAAAGCUGGUGCUAGCAACCCCCAACUGUGUCUGGUCUCUGGACCCAGCUCAAAGCCCUGGAUUCAUUCUCUUCCCAUACCUCAGCCUGAGCCUUCUGUCACCCCAAAGGGCUUCACACAAGCUUCCUCUCAAGCCCUCACUUCUCUCACAAGAUUGCGAGCUGCAGUUAAGGGUAGGGACCAUGUUUUUGCAUCUCUCCAUAGCACUCAUCAAAAUGCAACACAUUUAUAAUGAAGAAACUAAAACACAGAGAUUGAGACUUGUCUAGAGUAACACAAACCAAUGAGGAAACUGAGGUGCAGAGAAGUCAAACCUUACCCAGUGUUACAGAGCAGAGCUGGAAGUAAAGCUUGUAUUUCCUGAGAUCCAGAUUAGUGUCAUUUCUACUUCAGACUAUUACUUCUUGGUGAGUUAAUGUGGGAAAAGUCCUGGUAUUUUGAAGAUGUCUCGGCACAGUAUUGUUUCCUGUUCAAAUUACAAGUAACUUCAAGAGUUUGCAGGAAAAAAAGAAAUUGGGAUAUUUUUGGUUAAAUCAUGCCAUCUGAACAGAAACAUUUAUUUUUUGAUGAAAAACAGAAUACUUUAAAAAGAGAUUAUGAUGUGAAAAAUGAGAGAGUUGAUACUAUCAGAUCAGUACUUAAACCAAAAAUUUCAGAAAGUAGUUUUCAUUAUGAACUAAAAAAUGUGAAAAUUGUUUUGCCGAAGAUAAAUAUUCCAAAUGAGGUCCUAUUGAAACAUGAAGUUGACAAAUACAGAAAAUUAUUUCAGCAUAAACCACAGACUGCAAGAAAAUCUAUCGGUAUAAAGACUGUAAGCUGUGUAGAGGAGUGUAUGUUACUCCAUAAGUCUGAGAGAGUUGAAGAAGAAGGUAUAAAAAUGUCUGCAAAAAUACUCAACUUCAACUGUUUGAAGUGCCGAGAUAGUACUCGGUAUAGCCCAAAUGAUUUGCAGAAACACUUCCAAAUGUGGCACCGUGGUGAAUUACCUUCAUAUCCUUGUGAAAUGUGCAGUUUUUCAGCAAACGACUUCCAGGUAUUCAAACAACAUAGACGAACCCAUAGAAUUACUUUAGUAAAAUGUGACAUUUGUAACAAUGAGAAUUUAUAUACUUUAUUAGACUUGACAAAGCAUUUUUCAUCCACACAUUGUGUAAAUGGUAAUUUUCAAUGUGAAAAGUGUGAAUUCUCCACCCAGGAUGUUGGCACAUUUGUUCAGCACAUACAUAGACAUAACGAAAUCCUUUAUAGAUGUGGUAAAUGCCAUUAUAUAUGUUUAACCAAAGGAGAGCUUCAGAAGCACCUUCAUAUUCAUUCUGGUACGUUUCCCUUCACUUGUCAAUAUUGUAGCUAUGGUGCUACCAGGAGAGAGCACCUUGUAAGACAUGUUAUAACUUUGCACAAAGAACAUUUAUAUGCGAAAGAAAAACUGGAAAAAGACAAAUAUGAAAAAAGGAUGGCAAAGACUUCAGCAGGACUUAAACUAAUAUUGAAAAGAUAUAAAAUAGGUGCAUCAAGGAAGACAUUCUGGAAACGUAAGAAAAUCAACAAUGGAAGUGACAGAAGUAUAGAAAGAAACACUCAAGUGCUUAAAAAAGUGAACAAAACACAGGCUAAAUCUGAAGACCAGAGCCAUCUUGUUCAGGAACAUAUAAAUGAAGAAAAGGAUGAAAGACUAUACUGUGAGAAUAAUGAUAAACCUGCUGAGUCAGAGUCAGAAAAGCCAACUCUUCUGUCCACUGGGCAAUGUAACGGAGCUGAAGAGGGAUCAAAUUCUACUUCAGGUUUCUUGAAGACUGCUGUACAAGGACCUACAGUGUUAAUGGUAAAAAAUAAUAGAAUAACAAUUCCUGCUAACUACAGUGCUAAGUUUAUGGGCUUUAAGAUGGUGGAUGGAAAACAACAUAUUGUAAUAAAACUGUUGCCUACCAAUAAACAGAAUUUAUAUUCACCAGGCUCACAGUCAGGUGCUGUAAGGGACAAUACUGCAAUUUUGCAACCCCAGACUUUGGACACUACUGCAUUUUUAACAGGAGUAACAACUGAGUUAAAUGACACAGUUUACAUGAAAGCAGCUACUCCAUUUUCAUCUUCAUCUCCUAUACUUUCAGGGAAGGUAACUUCAGAAAAAGAAAUGGCUUUGCUAUCUCAAACAAGUAAUAUGCUUCCAGCAAUGGAUGAUGGAAAAAGUGUUUCUCCUUUGCCAGUAACAUCAGAAUUGAGCACAGCAUCGGUGAAUUUGACCACAAAAGUAGAAACGAGAGAGAAUGUUGACUUAUGGGGAAGUCAUAUUACUCAGUGUCACCCUGAGGUAUCAGGUAGUGCCAUUAAAAGUCAAGAUAAAGUCACCUGUACUACCAAACCAAACUCAUACAACAGUGGAGAUAUGCAUAACUAUUGCAUUAAUUAUGUCAACUCUGAGUUACCUGUUGAAUCUUCCAACCAAGGAUCAUUACCUUUUCAUAAUUACUCAAAAGUGAAUAAUUCUAAUAAACGUCAUAGGUUUUCAGGGACAGCAGUGUGUGAAAACCCUCAAAGAGAAUCUUCAUCAAGCAAGACAGCAGUUCAACAGCCAAUAAGUGAGUCAGUUUUAUCACUAGUGAGGAAGGAGAGCUCAAACCCAGAUAGCCUGUUAGCAUCUAUUAGUCGUUUAAAUACUAAAGAUGGAACUUUAAAAGCACAAGCUGAAAUUGAAGAACAGUGUGUUUUAGAAAAAGGACAAAACAUUGAUGGGCAGAACCUAUACACUAAUGAAAAUCAGAAUGUAGAGAGCAUGAUUGAAAAGCCUAAAUGGGAUGACGUUUCUAGUGUUGAAUCACCUAUGAUGCCUAGAAUUACAUCUGUUUUCUCUCUCCAGAGCCAACAGGCGUCAGAACUUUUGCCACCUGAAAUAAACCAGUUACUUCAAGAUGUAUUAAAAGCAAAACCUGAUGUAAAACAAGACUCUAGUAACACUCCAGAUAAAGACCUGCCGCUUCAUUGUGACCAGUCAUUUCAGAAACAUGAGGGAGAAGACAAAAUAGUUGAAUCUUCAAAAGACUUGAAAGUACAAGGCUUCUUUCCAAUUCCAUCUGGUAAUAUGGGGAUUAAUGUGGCUACAAAUUAUCUGAAUUUAAAAUUUAGUGGAAAAGAAAAACAAAUGUUGUCAAUGUCACAAGAUGUGAGAGAUUCAGAGAAGACUCCUAGAAUUUCUGGUUUUGGCACAUUACUUAAGACUCAGUCAGAUGCAAUAAUUACACAGCAGCUUGUAAAAGACAAACUACGAGCCACUACGCAAAAUGUAGGUUCUUUGUAUGUGCAGAGUCCACUUGUAAAUUCAGAACCAAAAAAGGCUAUCUUUGUUCAGACUCCAAAAGGCUUUUUUGUACCAUUGCACGUUGCUAACAAGCCUACAUUACAUGUUUCAGGAAGACCACUUCCAUUGGUUAAUACACAAGGUGUCCCUGCCUCUCUCCUUUUAAACAAGAAACCUGGGAUGAUUUUAACAUUUAAUAAUGGGAAACUUGAAGGUGUUUCUGCUGUCAAAACUGAGAAUGCUCAAGCUUGUGGAACUACAAGUAAGGAGCCUUGCAGAACACCUUUUUUAAAAGUAGAACCAAACAGUAAUUGUCUAACCCCUGCACUUUGUUCCAGCAUUGGCAGCUGUUUGAGCAUGAAAAGUAGCUCAGAAAAUACUUUGUCAUUAAAAGGCCCUUACAUUAUUAAAACGCCAGCAAGUUCUUCAGUGAAAGGUGUUCCUGCUCCUAAUACAGUAUCUGAGCAUCAGGGCACUAAGUUGAAUAUCUCAGAUUCAGUAAAACAGCAGAACAAGAUUUUUCCAAAACCACCUCUUUACACUCUUUUGCCUGAUGGCAAACAAGCUGUUUUUUUAAAGUGUGUGAUGCCAAAUAAGACUGAGCUGCUUAAGUCUAAAUUAGUCCAGAAUAGUACUUAUUAUAAAAAUAUACAGCCAAAGAAACCUGAAGGAACACCACAAAAAAUAUUGCUGAAAAUUUUUAACCCUGUUUUAAAUGUGACUGCUGCUAAUAAUCUGUCAGUAAGCAACUCUGCGUCCUCAUUGCAGAAAGACAAUGUACCAUCCAAUCAGACUAUAGGAGGAGAGCAGAAAGAGCCAGAAUCUUCUAGAGAUGCCUUACCCUUAUUACUAGAUGAUAUGAUGCCAGCAAAUGAAAUUGUGAUAACUUCUACUGCAACAUGCCCAGAAUCUUCUGAGGAACCAAUAGGUAUCACUGACCAUUCAGAGGCCAGAGUAUUACGGUGUAAAACAAAUUGUAGAAUUGAGAGAAACUUCAGUAAGAAAAAGACUUCGAAAAAGAAAUGUUCAAGAAUAAAAACUCAUGAAAGAAGUAAAGAUUCUGAAACUUCCUUUGUAUCUAGAAACAGAAACUGUAAACGCAAGUGUAGGGAUAGUUACCAAGAACCUCCAAGAAAAAAAGCAUUACACAGAAAGUGUAAAGAAAAAGCAAAGCCUGAAGAUGUCCAUGAAUCAUUCGGAUUCAGCAGACCUAGGCUUUCAAAAGAUUCAGUCAGAACUUUGCGGCUUUUCCCCUUCAGUUCCAAACAGCUUGUGAAAUGUCCUAGGAGAAACCAACCAGUUGUAGUUUUGAAUCAUCCUGAUGCAGAUGCCCCAGAAGUAGCAAAUGUAAUGAAAACUAUUGCUAAAUUUAAUGGACGUGUACUUAAGGUUUCAUUGUCAAAAAGAACUAUCAGUGCGUUACUGAAACCAGUUUGUUAUAACCCUUCUAAAACAACUUACGAUGAUUUUCCCAAGAGGCACAAAACAUUUAAACCUGUUAGUUCUGUGAAAGAAAGAUUUGUGCUAAAAUUAACUCUCAAAAAGACAAGCAAAAACAAUUACCAGAUUGUGAAAACUACCUCUGAAAAUGUUCUGAAGGCUAAAUUUAACUGUUGGUUUUGUGGUAGAGUAUUUGACAAUCAGGAUGCUUGGGCUGGUCAUGGUCAGAGACAUUUAAUGGAAGCUACUCGUGAUUGGAACAUGUUAGAAUAAUUUACUGUAAUUACCAAGGAAAAGAAAAGUAAAAGUACCUUAGAAGAAAAUAGUGGGUUGAAUUACUAAUGCAGACAUUUUUUACUUCAAUAUAGUACCUGAAGUUAAACAUUUAAAAGUUGACUAUAUUUCCAUGGAAGAGCAAAAGUUUUAGUGUGAUAUUUGAAAAUGCUGUCAGUGCACAUGUAAGUUUUGAAAGAAACUAAUCAGCACAGAUAUACCUUGAUUUAAUUUUUUAAAAUGUGUUCUCGGGAAGUUAGGGCUAAAAAUUUUGAUAAAACAGUUUUCCGAGUUUAGUGACUCUUAGUAGAGAGUAACAGGUGACAGCCCCAUUCCCUCUCUUCUUCCACCAGCCUUAUGAUUCUGAUAACUGUAGCUCCCCUGAAGAGGUUGAGAGCUCUUUCAUUAUGGAACUGAAGGAGUUUCUCAUCAUUUGUGAAGAUACUCUAAGAGAACUUGGGUAAAGAACUUACUCUACAUCUGCAAAAUGUAGUUCUUUUGAAGGUAGUUAAGCUCCUUUGAGGGUACAUUUAACUCACUACAGUUACACCUCAUAUGAUGGUUGAUAAGAGUUUUUGACAAGCAGAUCUUUCUUCCUUGUAAGCUGUGUUACAUGUCAUUGAUUGGAACACCCUUCCAAGGUGAUUUUCUUUUUCUAAAUGGCUCUCAAGCGUUGCAGUAGAUGGGCAAUCUCGAGAGAAGAAUUAAACUCUUUGUCUAGUUUGAAGUUCAUUUAAAGAACUUGAACAUUUUUUUGAAUUUGGUUAUAUUCCCCAGUGAUUCCCUUCCACAGAACUAUGUUUAUUUGAUUUAAAUUGUUUGUCCCCUCAUAAACCAAGUGGCCAAUUUUUUUCUUGGUUGCCAUCCCUUUAAAAAGAGUGAAACAUAGAAGCACUUCCAAGGGAAUGGCUUUUCUUGAAAAUUAAAAAUUAUUCCUCAGAAACAAUAUUUUGAAGUAAGAUUAGCAAAGCAAAUCAUACUUUUGUGUUUAUUAUUAGUGUCUGAACAUGUCCACAUUGGGACAAACCAUUUUUGUUAGCAACUUCUCAGUAUGACUGACAACCCAAAGCAGAUUACUGAUUGUUUGCAGUUGGAAAUUGAAGAAGCAUUAAUAGUGGACUCAGUGACAGUGCAUAACACUUCAGGACAGAUUCCGAAGGGAUAUGCCCAACAGGUAGAGUUUUAAAAUGAAUAUUUUCGUGACAACAGAAUCAUCAAUUUAAACUUCCCACUUUGUAAGUUUGAAUCAAAUUUUGUUGGACCAUUGGACAAUGGAGUUCUUGUAUUAAAAAAUUACAUACUAUAUAAUUUUUGUUACAUUGUUACUACUAGUGUUAUGACAUUUUCAUUGAUUGAAAACUUCAGGGCUCCUUUUCUGUAUAUAACAAAGAAUUUAAAACCUGUACAUAUUUUUGUACCUUUCAGUUAUGUAAAUUUUGCACAGAAAGUUUUUGACAUAAAAAGUUUAUUUUCUUUCAAUUUAGUUCUGUGCAUGCACUAAUAAAACUUGUCGUUUAAUUUAAAAGGAAUAUGUAAGACUUUACCCAUGUUAUUUUUUUGGUUUUCAUUUCAGAUGUACAAUUUCUUUUUUUUGAUAAAUUCAGUUUUCAGGGAUUGAACACUAUUGUUAGCAAGUGCCUAAAAGAUGUGAAACAGUUUACAUACGUCAACUGUAACAUUAGGUCCCAAAUGGGCCCACUCCCCCAAUAAUUUUAUUUUAAAGAAAGCCAUACAUAGAUGCUUCAAGCUAUCUUGCUAUGCACAUUAUACAUGUACUGUUUUUGUGCAGUUUGUCUACUUUCUUAGAAGUGAAGUAUUUUUUGUAUAAAACCUGUUACAAUUGUGUUUCUUAAAUUGAGCCUAAGAACGGAAUUGAUUGGAAAUAUACGGUAUAUAUUAAUAAUGUAUAUGGUGUUUAAAGAAUGGUAAGCAUUGUUAAAAUCUGUAACGAAUGUCUUCUUCAAUUAAAUUUAUCUUAAGUUUGUGUUUA